GUUGGAGAUCGACGGCGGAGGCUUUUCGGACCAGCGCGAAGGAGAAAACGCGGCGGAGAGACUUGUUGCUUCAACGCGUUUUUCACGGGAAUUUUUUUUUUUCAGCCAUCGAAGUUUUUCUGUCUCUCCCUAGUCUGCUCCAGGCUUCUGCUUGGGGAGCCCGACCGCCACGAUUGAUCCCAGCAGCUGGAGCGGCAGCGAAAGCCCUGCCGAGGACAUGGAAAGGAUGAGCGACUCGGCAGACAAGCCCAUGGACAACGAUGCCGAGGGGGUGUGGAGCCCUGAUAUUGAACAGAGCUUCCAGGAGGCUCUGGCCAUCUACCCUCCCUGUGGACGCAGGAAGAUCAUCCUGUCUGACGAGGGAAAGAUGUAUGGUCGAAAUGAGUUGAUAGCCCGAUACAUCAAGCUCCGGACCGGGAAGACAAGGACUCGGAAGCAGGUGUCUAGUCACAUACAGGUCUUAGCAAGAAAGAAAGUUCGAGAAAUCCAAGCUGUCAUUAAGGUGUCUAGUCACAUUCAGGUUCUUGCCAGAAGGAAAUCUCGUGAGUUUCAUUCCAAGCUAAAGGUUACAAGCAUGGACCAAGCCGUGAAGGACAAAGCCCUCCAGAGCAUGGCCUCCAUGUCCUCGGCUCAGAUUGUUUCUGCCACGGCUAUUCACAACAAGCUGGGCCUGCCAGGCAUCCCGCGCCCAGCCUUUCCUGGAGCGGGGUUAUGGCAGGGCAUGAUAUCGGCCGGUCAGCCAGGAUCCUCACAAGACAUUAAGCCUUUCACCCAGCAAGCCUAUCCCAUCCAGCCAGUCACAACAGCCAUUUCAAGUUACGAGCCUACAGGAGCUCCAACGGCACCAGCAUGGCAGGGCCGCUCCAUCGGAACAUCUAAACUCCGACUGGUGGAGUUCUCCGCCUUCCUGGAGCAACAGAGAGACCCAGACACAUACAACAAACACCUAUUUGUACAUAUCGGACAGACAAAUCACUCCUACAGUGACGCCCUGCUGGAGUCUGUGGACAUUCGCCAGAUUUAUGACAAAUUCCCAGAAAAGAAAGGAGGACUGAAGGAGCUGUAUGGAAAAGGUUCUCAGAAUUCCUUCUUCCUUAUAAAAUUCUGGGCGGACUUGAACUGCAGCAUUCAAGAUGAUACUGGCUCUUUCUACGGUGUCACGAGUCAGUACGAAAGCUCUGAGAACAUGACCAUUACCUGCUCAACAAAGGUCUGCUCCUUUGGGAAGCAGGUGGUUGAGAAAGUUGAGACUGAAUAUGCGCGGUUCGAGAAUGGACGCUUUGUCUACCGGAUAAGUCGGUCUCCCAUGUGUGAAUACAUGAUCAACUUCAUCCACAAACUAAAACAUCUGCCAGAAAAAUAUAUGAUGAACAGCGUGCUGGAGAACUUCACAAUCUUAUUGGUGGUGACGAAUAGGGACACGCAGGAGACACUGCUGUGUAUGGCGUGUGUGUUUGAGGUCUCAAACAGUGAGCACGGCGCCCAGCAUCAUAUCUACAGACUGGUGAAGGAAUGAGAGGCUCUGAGCUUCCCCAAAUCCCUCCUCUUUAUUUACAUGGACUUACCAACCUCAAGACAAGUGGCAGUGCCUCUACCUGAAAGUCACACCGACAAUGCUUUUUGGUCAUGGUAUUGGGUGAAGUCAGUUGUUAUAAAUUUGUUUUAAUAUAAAGUGUUUGUUAUUUGACUGCAGCUGUGAAUUACGGUACAGUUGUUUUAUGUUUGAAUACGAGAAUUCUCGUUUAUAAUAAUGUUGAGUUGGUCUGUUUUAGGUAUAAAUGUGGCUGUUUUUAAAGAAUUUACUAUAUUAAUUUGGUAAAUGGAAAUAUGUGUCUUCUUCUGCUUUGUUAUGUAUAUUAAGAAAAAAAAGGAUGCUGAUCUUUUUCUUUCAGCAGCCUAAUGUGGUCUGUGUAAUAUGUUUGAGUGUGUUUCGUGUGUCUGUAGUUCAUAAUUUGUGAGCGUACAUACUGUAGAUAUACAGUCAUGCACCAACAGCCAAUAGAUUUUCCAAAGAAACUAAACUAAGAAAACACUACACGGACAGUUAGAAGCGAGUGGUUAUGGACAUUGCAUAUUUACUGCUUUUUCUUAAAAAAGACUCUGCUUUCAUUCGUUUAUUUAUCCCUGUUGAAGCACUCCAAGUCUUAGACACUAACAACUGAAUUAUUGCACUGUGAAAGUACUAACAACAUUUUGCCUGAAAAUGUAGGAGGUCUUGUCCCCCGCUAAACAUUUCUGUGCUACAACUCUUUGUGACAACUGAUGGGAGAACUUUAGACAGGUGAAAGUACUGCAGAAAUGACUCGGAACUGACUCAUCUUGUCCAAAAGCACUUUGUUCCCCCGCCUGGACUGCCUUUUGUAACGCUUACUUAUUUCUGUUGCAGCUGUGGUUUUAGAACAAUACUCAAUCAGCACACUAUAAAUCACGUGUAGAAGGAAGGCCUUGUUCAGUACGCUGUGGCUUAGUCCUCUUAAAGGCUCAGCAUAUCGUCGCCCCCCCCCCCCCCCCCCCCUGCGAUGUUGGUGUCAAAAAAGACUCCAAACUGCCUUCACGUCGUCACGCUGUGUUCACAUGUUUACGUGGCCUACGUCGAUUCCGAGCCUUAAACAUGUUAAAGCUGUGAGAACUCCAAAAGAUGCCCCUUAAAACUGUGAUCACUGCGCAGGAAGACUCUUUUGUUUGCAUUGUGUAAGAAUUGUACAAUCCCGUCUGCCAAAGUGUAGAUGUACAGUGCCUUAGUAUACACUCUAACAUUUUCCUUUUUGUUCUAAGUCCAAAAUCUGUUUGGUGGAACAGGCAAAAAUAAGUCACCGCUAUGUUACUUGGUACCUCUUCACAUCUGAGAAAUAAUGUUUCUUACUAUUGAUACACUCCUAGAAAUACAGUUUUCUUGACGUUAUUAAAAGGCAGUGCUCUUUUGUUGAAGUGUGUUAAUUUAAUUAAGCUCAGAAAAAGUUAUAAAACAGGUUCUAUUUUACUCUAAUGCUGUAAGUGUUCCUAAAAUAUCAGCCUUCUUUUCUACAAGUGUACUAUAAACAGACUGACUGCCUUUCCUGUUGUAAAAGACCAAAAAUACAGAGAUACAGUUAAUCUAUUGUCCUGUCCUGCAUGGUAGCGAGGAAGUGCCUUUUGGUAUAAAAUGUCCAGCUUCAAAAAGAUUGAACAGAAAGUACAAAUUCAAUGUUGCCAGACCAAAAAAUGACACAACUUAAACCAAUCACCACAUUGCCUUUUUAAAGGAUUAUUGCUAAAGGAGGAUGAAAGCUUGUCAUAAGUAAAAAAAGAUAAACGAUUAUUUUUCAUUGAUUUCACAAAUUGUGUAUUUGAAGAAAACAUAUUUCUUUCUUCGAGUUCAAAGACCGAAAUACCUGCUAAAACCGUGCGCCCACUAACUGCACGCAGGAUGUCAACUCGUAUGGACACUGCAGCUGUUUGCCUCCUGCACACUUGCAGGUUCGAGUGUGUUUUUAAAAAGGUUUUGGGAAACAUAAAACUCCCUCCUGGAUCCACGACACUCGCGCGAUGUGAAAACAUCACAACGUUACCUUUGAUGAUGUAGUUGACACAGCUGCGAUGUCCUCGACGGGCACAAGACACAAGAUUUGAUCAUUGACCGUUCAGAUCCUAAAGGAAACGUGUAUUUAAUGCUUAUACGCUACAAAUUCCAUAACUUUUUAUGUGGUUGAAAUUCUUUCAAAAAACGGUUUCAGAAGCUAAUUUUCUGGAGGUCUGGACACAUUCAUAGAGGUUUAAUGCUUUUCACCAGAAGGACCGUAGAGACACUUACAAUUAUGAGGUAUUUUAAUAAGAGAAGCUCUAAAUAAUUGCAGACAAUGUUGGAUAAAGUUCAAUCAAUCAUUCAGUAUUUUGCCACAGUCCUGCAGACACUGUGGAGUUUUCGUGGGUUUUCUUUUCUCUCGUUUACCUCGUGUAUUCGUUCACAUUUACUGAUUACUUAGUGAGAUGUUUUCCUAUUGUAUUUGUAUAAAGUUGUUCUUGUUUUUGUGAUGACAUCGUCUGCAUAUUGCGAGCCCGAUAAGAUGGUAUAAUGAUGUGGCUGCUGCACUGCUGGUACAUUUUCACAUGUUUAAACACUCACAACAACUGACUGAUGCCUUGGUCGACAUGAAUGUCUGGAGGACCGUUUUAAAAUGAAAUGGACACAUUAAAAAAGAAACAUGAGGAAUCAUAAAUAUAAACAUAUCAGCAGUUUAGCUCUUGUUAUUUGUAAUUCCGUCGACAGAGUAGGUACUGGUACCUUUUUGUUUCACAAUCAUUUUCAGAUGGUGGCUUUAAAGUGAUUUUUCACACUGCUCACAUAUAGUUGUCGUACACACAUUUGGGUUUUGUGUGCAGACUUUUUUUUUUUGUAAAAAGGUGCUUUGUACAAAAUGAUAUAGCUUAGCUUUUCUUGGUACAGGUGUGUGAUAUCUUUUUGUAUCCCAGGUUUUGGAGCAAAGGAGAGAAAAGAAGCUCUGCUGUGUUUCUGUGUUCUGCAGUUGGUCUUGUCUUUGCUCCGUGACAUUAUGACGCCUUCUUGAUAAUAGUAGUUUUUUUUGUAGCUUUCUAGAUACUUUGUAUGUAUACGAUAUUGAAGUUAAAUAAAUCUGAAAAUGAA